CAAACUUAAUAUGUAACGCCAGUCAUCAUUUCCAAAAGAAAGUGCAAAAAAUUCGUCGUCGGGGCUCACGUUCACCAAAAUACGCAAAACUUUGACAUUUCACGUCAUAUACACAAAGAUUUAUACCGCACGUGAGCCAUCUAAGCAGUCGAAGGAAGAAUCAUUCCACCAUAACAAUUGUACAGUAAGUUGGCAAUAGCUAGUCAGCAGUUUGUAUAACUGAUAUACUAUAUGCAUGUACAUAGGUCACUUCUAAAAUAAAACAAACAAAUAAAAUUCAUGAUUUCUCCUUCAGGUUUUCCCACCCGGCAACCCCCUGCUUGUCAGGAAGGAUUAGGUCUGGAAAAUUAUGCCAUUCCGGACUCCUCAAUAACUGCUUCAAGCUACGUAGCUCCGGGUACAACUUUAUAUAUACCAGGCAAUGGAAGACUUAAUUUCAGGCUUAAAGCAGGACACUAUGGAGCUUGGGCAGCUGGUAAUCUACGAGACAACAAUUGGUUUCAGGUGAAUUUUGGGCGUUUCGUUAAAGUGAUGAUAGUUUCCACUCAAGGAAGAGACGAUACUUACGAAUGGGUGACAAAGUAUCGUUUGACGUACAGUUAUGACGGGAAAUUUUUCCGUGACUACCUGGAAGACGGUUCUGUCAAGGAAUUUGAAGGGAAUAAGGAUCGAUUCUCAAUUGUGAGUCACAAGCUAAAGAAUCCUAUUAUUGCACGCUACAUCCGAAUCAAUCCAUUGGAAUACCAUGUCUGGAUUUCAUUGAGGGCUGAUGUCUAUGGUUGUAGAUCAGGUUUCCAAAUACCCCAAGAGGUCAGAUGUAGGGAUCCACUAGGGAUGCAAGAUAAGUUAAUUCCAGAUUCUGCUGUAACAGCCUCCUCUACACUGGCCCAUGCGACUUUACUGUACGCUCCUGGUAAUGCUAGACUGCACUAUAAGGGAGGAGUUGGACGUUAUGGAGGCUGGAUACCAGCAGUGAGUGAUCAUAGUCAGUGGCUUCAGAUCAAGUUUGGAAGAGACACGCAAGUGACUGGUAUUGCCACGCAGGGUUAUUACCAUGGGCCUUAUUAUGUCAAGAGUUACACACUUCAAUACGUUGAUGACCGCGGUUUCCUCCAGCAAUACCAGCCAGAAUGGCAUACCAAGACUUUUAAAGCCAACAACGAUAAAGACAGUGUUGUCAAAUAUGACCUGAUUCCACCAGUCAUCACAAGGACCAUAAGAAUCAUUCCUGAGGACUGGUACAUUCUCAUCGCUUUGCGGGUAGAGCUGUACGGAUGUAAAGCAAUUAACGGUGGUUAUUCAGACUGGAAGCCGUACGGUGUGUGUUCAAAGACUUGUGGAGGUGGGGUGAAGACACGAAAACGAACGUGUACCAAUCCACCACCGGCAAACGGAGGGAAAAAUUGCAGUGGACUUGGACCCGACAGUACUACCAGCGAAUGCAACAAGCAGAAGUGCCCAGUAAACGGUGGUUAUUCAGAUUGGGGACCGUACGGUAGAUGCUCGAAGACUUGUGGGGGUGGACAACAGACGCGUAAAAGAACGUGUACCAAUCCACCACCAUCACAUGGUGGAGAAGACUGCAGUGCACUGGGACCCGACAGUUCUACCAGGGAAUGCAACAAUCAGCGGUGUCCAGGUAAAAUUGGCGAAUAGCAACUGAUAAAUUCCAUAAGGCCUAGGUGACGACCGCCGACCCUGUCUCACUCAUCCCGCGAAGAAAGUAAGGACGACAAUUCCACUGAAGUUAGCACAUCUUUGGAGUUUUUAAAGUUAACUGCUGACCACCUACCGGCUUUUAAAUUGCAUCGCGGGCUCAAAACAGUUUAACUUACUGUAAUCAUGGCUGGGUGAUUCGGAA